GCGCACCAAACGGAAGCACUGCGGUGUGUUUCCUGAGCUGCAGCUCGUUUGACCGGUCGUGUCCUCCAGCAGCUCAGCUCUGACAGCAGGUCAUCUCAGGACAGAUACAGCCGAACCAUGGGUUUCGAGGAGAAGAUGAUCAUGAAUGGAGAGCCCGAGGAUGAGGAAGAAGAAGAAGAAGAGGAGGAGGAGGAUGAAGAGGACCUGGUGGAUCCUCUUGAAACGCUGCGACAAAAGUGUGCAGAGACGGAGCACUGCGUCCACACUCAGCAGCGUCUGGAGCAGUGCGAGACCAGAGUUGGCUCUCGGUCUGCAACGGUGGAGGAAUGCACUGAGGAGCUGUUUGACUUCCUGCAUGCUCGGGACCACUGUGUGGCACACAAACUGUUCCACACUGUCAAAUGAAAUGCUUCCUGAUUGUUGCACCGCUGGCUGAUGACAUUCUUCAAAUAUUGUAUUAUGAGGAGAACAUGGUUUUAAAUACAUCCACGUGUUGAUCUGCUGUAUGUUUUGACUUUAAAUGUAUAUUAUACUGUAUCUGCUCAUGUGAAGAAACCAACUAUUUAACAAGGUAGUCUGAGUCAACAUUUCAUUAAAGUAGAUGGCUGGGAAAACCUUAA